AUGUUCACUCUGACUCCCGUCUUAACUGUGUCCUAUGAAGUCAAAAGUGUGUUUCUGUUCCUUUCAAUCCUGGAGUUUGCAGUGGGGAUCCUGGCCAAUGCCUUCAUUUUCUUGGUGAACUUUUGGGAUGUGGUGAAGAGGCAACCACUGAGCAAAUGUGAUCUUGUGCUGCUGUGUCUCAGUAUCACCCGGCUUUUCCUACAUGGGCUACUCUUCAUGGAUGCCAUCCACCUUACCUUCUUCCAGCAGAUGAAAGAACCACUGAGUCUCAACUACCAAAUUGUUAUCAUGCUCUGCAUGAUCGCAAACCAAAGCUGCUUCUGGCUUGCUACCUGCCUCAGUGUCCUCUACUGCUCCAAGAUUGUCCGUUUCUCCCACACCUUCCUGCUCUACGUGGCAAGCUGGAUCUCCAGGAAGAUCCCACAGAUGCUCCUGGGUGGUAUUAUUUUUUCCGGUGUCUCCACUGCCCUCUGUUUGUUUAACUUUUUUAGCAAAUCUCACUUCAUAGCCACAGCUAUGAUAUUCAUGAAUAACAAUACAGGCACAGGAAAUGCAGAAACCAAUUUCUUUUAUUCCUUUCUCUUAUGCAAUCUGGGGUCUAUCUUCCCUUUCCUAGUUUUUCUGAUUUCUUCUGGGAUGCUGAUUGUCUCACUGGGGAGGCACAUGAGGACAAUGAGGGCCAAAACCAGUGAAUCUUGCAGCCCCAGCCUGGAGGCUCACAUCAAAGCCCUCCAAUCUCUUGUCUCCUUUUUCUGCUUCUAUGUAGUAUCAUUUUGUAGUGCCCUCAUCUCGAUGCCCUUGCUGUUGCUGUGGCACAACAAAAUAGGGGUAAUGGUUUGUGUAGGGAUAAUGGCAGCUUGUCCCUCUGGACACGCAGCCAUCCUGAUCUCAGGCAAUGUCAAGCUGAGGAGAGCUAUGGGCACCAUUCUACGCUGGGCUCAGAGCAGCCUAAAGGUAUGGACAGACCACAAGGCAGCUCCCAGGAUAUUAUGUUGA